AACGGCCAUUUAAUUUUAAUUGUAAUCGAGGACAUCGAAGAAACUAUUGAAUGGAAGUUGAUGCAGAAGAAGAAGGAGAAAGAUAAGGUAAACAAAAGCUGAGGAAGUUUGUUACCACUAGACCUUCCCUGGAAGAAAUGCUAGUGGAGUGCUUCCGGCUGAGAUGGAAGGACACUCCACGCCACGAGUCAGCAUCAUGGCAGAAGACAUCAACACCAAAAUGAAGAACUACAAGACUGCCCCUUUUGACAGCCGCUUCUCCAACCAGAACCAGACCAGGAACUGCUGGCAGAACUACCUAGACUUUCACUGCUGCGAGAAGGCAGUGACUACUAAAGGGGGUGAUGUCUCUGUGUGUGAAUGGUGGCAUGUGUACAAGUCCCUCUGCCCCAUAUCCUGGGUCUGGGCCUGGGACGACCGCAGGGCAGAAGGCACAUUUCCUGGGAAGAUCUGAACUGGCUUCGGCCCACCUCUGUCCUUCCCGCAGGGUAGCAAAGGGAGACCUGGGUACAUGGUGAUCCCCACCUGGGACCCUGAAUCAUGACUUAACUACUAAUGAAAACUAAUAAAACUGGAAAAAAGAAAAAGAAAAAAAGAAAUCAACUAACACAAAAGAAGACAGUAAGGCAGGAAGCGAGGAAUAAAGGCAUAUAGAAAACAAA